UUUACUUUAAUAUAUUUCAUGUUUUGAGAAAGUUUUUUUUUUUAAAGAAAGUUUGAUUGCAAAUUCACAAUUUCAAGAUACUUGAUUCAUACCCUUUUCUGCAUUCCAAAAUUUUGGAACAUUCUUGGCUCAUGUGAUUCUUCAAAUUAGACCCUUCUUGUGUUCAAAUUCUAGUAUCAUAUUUAUUGGAGAAAAAAGAAUAUAUCUAGAUUACAAUUUUAUUUUACUUGUCAUGUUGAUUUUUUCUUGAAUAUUAUAAUUUGUGCUACUCUUUGUUGAUGAUUGAUAGUGAAGAAUUUAAUUGAUCCUUGAUCAUUGUAUUUUGUUGAAUAUUUUUUGCAGAUGGGGAUGCAUAAUUUAUCAAAUGAAAAGAAAAAAGAUUGGCUUGAUGCACUUUUGAUAGAUAACUUUGGUAAUUGCAAAAAACAUAAAGAAAAGUUUAAUGAGAAGAAUGUGUUUUGUCUAGAUUGUGGAAUUAGUUUAUGUAGACAUGGUAAAGAUUCUCAUUCUCUUCAUCGAAGAUUUCAAAUAUACAAAUAUUGUUAUCAAGAUGUUGUCAGAUAUUCUGACUUACUCAAGUAUUUUGAUUGCUCAAAUAUUCAGACUUAUAUAUCAAACAAUGACAAGAUUGUUCAUCUCAAACCAAGGCCUUCAAAAGAGAAGAAACAAGUAAUAAUAAGAUCAAAAUUUGCUUCUCAAAACCAUGAUGAGUCACAAAUGAAGGAAACAAAUAUUACAACACCUCAAAAGCCAGCUGGCACUUGUGAAGAAUGUGGCAAACAUUUACAAGAUAAGCGUAAUCAAUUUUGCUCCAUUAAAUGCAAGAUCACAGGAGAGGAAGAGAUUGGAAUCAACCAAAAUUCAGAAGUUGAGUCAUCUAUUUCUAUAGCUGAACCUUAUGAAUAUGUUGAAAGAGUGAAUUUAAGAAAACGUCCAAGGAAAACUACUCCUAUGAGAUCUAUCUCUAGUUUUGUGUUUUGAAUUUUUCUUAUUAAAUUCUCUUUUGGUUCAAUUUUGAGUUUACAUUUUACUUUUUGGUGAAUAAGAUUUAUUGGAAUUUUUUUAGAAACUCAAGUAUAGUAUUCAACAUACUAAUAAGUAAUUAUUUCAAUUCAUAAGUUAGGAGGUUAUGGUGUAGUAGCUUGUAUAUAUAGCACACAAAGUUGAUACUAAAUGAAAGGUGUACGAAAUACACUCAUUACUUUCUUUUUUUAAAUUCAAGUACACUCAUUACUCUUCAA